AUGAUGGGCUGCAGCGGACGGCAAGGACAUUGGCAGCGCUCGCUGCGCAUCUAUCCCCUCAACGUAUACGCCAUCGGUGGAGUGCGGACAAAGGACACGAAGGCUUGGGCCGAGCACGUCCGAAAGAAAUAUCGCUGUGUGCAGUUUGACGUGAAAAGCGAGUUCGGAGAGGCGGACAGGAUUCGAGCAACUGUUAUCGUGUCCUUGGUGUACAAUACCACAAACGAUUUCCCUUUGUCGGUCGCGGACACAGUCGCAGGCAGUCAGCCACCACAGCCCGGUGAUCUGACAGGCGACCUGAAGAUCGAUUUGCCGCGCAGCUCCUCCUCUUCCUCAACAGUCAAGGACGACGUCCCUCCUUCUACAUCCAGCGGCACACAGCAGAGCGCAUCGCUGCAUCGCCGUCAAGGUUCUUUUCAGGCUAACGAUAAACCGUCCACCGCUCCGGCUGGCUGGCACCACCAUCCUCGUCAACCUGGCCCACACUCCGAGUCCUACUUUCCCGGUCUCAACGCCAGCGCGCCAAAGACGCCCAGCAGCCUCUCCAUGCGUGCUCACGGUCGAACGCAGAGCAACUCUGGCCUCACCCUCUCCUCUCAUCCUAUGAACCUCAACAUUGGUGCCGCGCCUCCAAACGUCGAUGGCGCUACGCUCCAGUCCGCCUUCGGCGCGCAUCACCACGCAGGUCCCAGCAACCUCAGCCUCUCUAGCCAUCCCGCCAUGCACGGCCUCGGAAUGGGUGGCAGCAGCGGCUUUGGCGCCGGCCCACCUAGUCCCAGCACGCUCACAGACGUCAUCCUCGGCCUGCACAGCACCUUCUACUCGUGCAAACGCAAACCUGAGGAGGUAAAGGAGAUGGUCUCGCGCUACUACGAGAGGGGCGCUGUCUUUGAAUCGCCUCUGCUCUCAGCACACGGCAGGAAUCAGAUCGCCAACCAAUUCAUCAUGGCCUUUGCACUGCCCGGUAUGGAUGUGCAGUCCGAGCUGCGCGACGUCAUCUGCUCCGACUUUGAGUUUGACGGAACACGCGCCGGUAUCAUCGACCACACCAUCACUGUCACUUUGUUCCCUUCGCUCUUUGGCUCCUCGCCCGCCAAACCUACGCCGGACCCGGGUGCCAGCGAUGCCAAUCGCACACCUAGAGCUUCGUACCCCAUGUCCGCAUCCGCAUCCGCCUAUCCCAUGACGCCGCAUCCUUUUAUCGACUAUGGCGCCAGCAGCGCCUACUCGCGUGUAGCAAGCCAUCCACACAGUCCCACCACACCCUUCAGCAUGUCGAGCAUGUGGGGUGGUUCACGCCCGCACACACCUGGCCACGCUGCUUCCUCUGGCGUCCGUCCACUCUCCGGCACCAGCGCCCAACCGGCCAACACGCCUCCCAGCGUCAACGGCGAAGACUUUGACUCCACGCCUGCCGCCACCAACAUCCUCAACAACCUCACCAACGGCAGCAAUCAGCACCACUACAUCGACGCCGAGACUCUGCAACAGCAGCUUGCUACGCGGCCUGCUAUCCCCGCCGAUGCCUUGACACCGCACUGGACGAGCGAAGGUCUGGGUCGACAGACGUUCCGCACCUUGAUCUGGUCGCUCUUCCAUCCGAGGGCGGUGCUUCGAUCGCUGUGCAGCAUCCAGUUGCGCGUCAUGAGUCGACUCGAGUUCAACGACGCCGGUCUCAUUGUGCGACACGAAGACACGUGGGGACUGAGGGAGACCAUCGAAGGUGUGAUUCCGUUUGCUUCGCUCAUCUAUUCGAUCGAGCGCAGGUUGGUCGGUUUCCUCGUUUCGUGGGCCAUUGCCAAGGGCUUCAAGAUCUCGGCUGCACUGCUGCGCAAAGCCAUCCCAGGAGGGACGUCAUCCACCGAGCUCGAAGCGCACGGCAGCGGAGGAUCGUUCCAAAUCAGCCAGAAUGAGGCGGAAGCCAUGUUCACGCAUCCGCACAUGCACCUCCAUUCAUUCGGGCGAACACCGGGGCGCGAGUUUCAGACUAUCUCUCGAUCUCGGGCACCUUCGCCCACUCGCUUUCGAUUUGGUGGCGGGGGUAGCAGCGCAGGCCACCACUCGGGCGGCACGGUGACAGGGACUCGAUCGCGCGCUAGAUCGCUCGUAGGCUCGCACGCACCUUCGCGCGCCAUCUCGACCGACAACCUCAUGCACCACUUUGCCGCCGCCAACGCCGCUGCUCAAUCCGCUUCCGGCGCAGGCGGAGAAUCGCGUCGAUCCGCCGAUCUUCCACCGGACUCGAGUGCCAAGUUUCGCGAACGAACCGCCAAGAGGAUCGAUGGCGGACGAAGCUCGAGCACCAACUCGGCGCCUCCAACCCUGCCACCUUCCUCGGUAAAUGGUCACGAUGCAGCAGACGCUCCCGCGUCGAACUUGAUCAGCAUGUGGGACCACUUUACGAGUCAGUCGCGCCCACACUCGAACGCUGCUUCGGUGGUGUCGAAUGAUGACUCGAGGGGUACGUUGCGGGCUCCUGAUCAGGAUCAGCAGUGA